UCAGUCUGCGUUCUGCCGCGUGAGGGGACGGUUGUGUUGCGCGUUUUUUUAAUUUCGCGUGAUCGCUUCCGAUAAAAAACAUUCGGAAUUCAAAUAUACUUUUUUUGUUUUUUCGCGAAAGUGUGGUGAUUGCUUGAGUGCGUAAACCGUUAAUGUGUGUGUGCUGAAUUGUGGUGUUGAAGUGCAUUUUGGAAUGUUGCAAACCUCUCAGGUAGCGGGUGAAGUGAGCGGUUUCUGAACGACCUAGUGCCAGUGAAGUGCCAGUGAUGUGCGAAUAGCCAUGCGCGCGCGCCGGCGCGUGACGUGACGUCAGAACCCAAGAUGGCGGACACCAGUCCAGCCACCUCCAUCAUCGAGGGCACCGUCAAGUUUAGAGACGGGAAGAAGUGGAAAUCAAGAUGGUGUGUGAUGCGGAAGCUGUCUCCAGUAGCAGACUGCGUGCACCUCCAGCUCUACAAGGACCUGAAGGAACGCCAGAAGAACGGGCAGACCAAGGCUUCCCUAUCCCUGCAGCAGUACCUCGGCUUCGAGGCUGGCUUCACCUUGGACAAGGAGUCCAACACCCUGGCCAUCCUGUGCGAAGAUGUAGUUCCUGUGCUUGCGUUUGAUACGAGGGAGAUCCUCAUACAGUGGAGAGUCAAGGUGCAACACAACCUCGGCAGCAGCAAAGAAUUCGCAGCUGUCAUCAUCCAAGCCCCCAAUUCCUUGAAGCCGGGUCCAUGCCGACUGCAUGCUUGCGGUCCCAGGCUGGCUCUGUGCGCCAAUAGGCCACCCGAAGUUCUGGCGUUGUGGGACGUCAAACUGUUAAGACGUUUCGGCAUCAUAGACAAGCGGUUCUGCGUGGAAGGGGGCUCCCGCUGCGGCAAGGGGGAGGGGUUGUUCGUGUUCGCGGCGGAGGGGGGGAGGGAACUGACGGACCUCCUCAAUAUGUACAGCCACGAUGCGCAGUCCAGGCUCAGCAUCGCGUCUAGGUCUGGCUCAGUUCUAGAAAAGCGCUACUCCGACACAUCCAGCAUGGACGACGGCUUCCCCUCGCUCCGCUCCGUGUCGCCCUGGGCACCGACCAGCCAGACCAUGCACUGUAUCUCAGACCUGGACUCCAGCAUGGAGGAAGAUAAAUUUAGGAGGCCUACGUCACUGCCCAGGUGUUCUAGUUGCAUUGGAAAGAUCAGUCAUCUCACCAGAUCUUCUGUGGGCACACCUGGAUCCAUGAUGUCUCCAGUGUGGACGAUGGGAAGCAUCGUGGAAAAGCGGUCGGAUUGCGAUCGGGCUUCCAUUUACUCACGCUCCAGCGGCAGUGCCUCUGAGUACAACACAGAAUCAAAACGCGGCAGCCCCGUGUGCUGCCCCAGCAUCCCUGCAAAGACGGGCCCCUGCCCCUGCUGGCUACCCAAGCCGUGCUGCUGCCGCAAGUUCAGCGGGCCCUACGAGAACUACGACGUGCCAAAGACUCCCAUGCCCCUCAUCCAGGAACAUCCAAUCGACGGAGGAGACACAAAGAGCUUAUACGACACACCAAAGAAACUUAAAUGCCUUCUCAACCAAACUUGCAAUUGUAGCGAAGCCAAAAACCAAGACACUGUACAUAACGAAUCACAUUCGAACUACGUCAAUGUAACACCCAUGCCCGAGAAACCAGCCAGAGUCCAUAACUGCAAUUACGCAAAUGUAGACCUUUCAGCUACGUUAGAGAAGUUCGAAAGUUCUUUGCAGAUUUUAAGAAGCGCUGGCUUUAGUCAAGAAGAACUAGACGCUUUAGAAGAUAUACCAGAAAACGAUGACGAUAUAUCAACAGCCACAAUGAAUACCGUCCAUCCUUCAGCAGAAUGUUGCAAUGAGCAUUCCAACUACAUGCACAUGGAGCCACUUGAAAUAAGCAGUUCAAGUAACAGCAACAAAAAUUGCUCGGACAACAUUAGCAGGAUCAGUCAUGUUUCCGAUCCAACGCAGCAUUCAGAAUCGGAUACGAUCAGCACAAGACGUUCCAGCUCUGCAGACUUCACGAAAAGACAUUACGAUGACUUCCAAUGCUUCACACCAACAGUGUUGAGGAAAGCGCGGAAGAACGAAUGCAUUAACGAAGGAAUCCCAAUCAUCAACGAACCUGAGGUGCCUAAAGAGGUCAAAGCACCUGAGAAAAGCGAGACUACCUUUGUUACCAGGUUUAGAGACGCAGUCAAGAUAAGAAGGUCAUCUAGCGUGCCUAGUAAAUCGGAUAAGAAUAGAGAUUCUUCGUCAUCGAAUGAUUCUGGCGUUUCAACAGGCUCUUUAAAGCACCAUAAAGGUGAUUUUGAGUUUGAGAUGCCGGUGACCAAUGGCAAGAGCUCUAAGAAGUACUUUAAGAGUAACAAGCCAAUCAGGAGAGCGUUGACGCCUGUUCACGGGCCAUUUGUGAAGUCCAAUUCGUCGGAUCCGUUGAAGAACCUGACGUUUCACUUUGAGGAGGUCGCGACGAUGACUAAGUCGAAUUCUUGCGACGUAGACACGCUGACGAGACGGAAAAAACGGAAUGUGGACACGGACAUGACGGCCCGUCACAGCCAGGUCACCAACAACACGUCCUCGGGCGCGUCCGACACGUCAGACUACAUGGAAUCCCUCUCCGUAUCCUCGUUCAGCUCUUGCGACGUCACUGCCGAUCGCCAUGCUGCCAGACCGAGAUCAGGGAAAGAGUAUGCUAGUAUAGACAGGGCUACGCUCGCUAGCGUGUGUGAUGUCACCACUGCUUAAACUGGACUAUGUCGUUGUUGUAUUAACUUGCAGAAUCCACUGAUUGUAUUUAGAUUAAGUAAUAGGAAAGGUCCUUUAAGGAUUACACCUAGCAUUGACUAUUGAGUCCGUGACUUCGUUCAGCUCUUGUGACGUCACUGCCGAUCUCCAUGCCGCUAGGCCGAGAUCAGGGAAAGAAUAUGCUCGUAUAGACAGGGCUACGCUCGCUAGCGUGUGUGAUGUCACAACUGCCAAAGCUGGACUAUGUCGUUGCUGUAUUAACUUGCAGAAUCCACUGAUUGUAAUUAGAUAAGGUAAUAGGAAAGGUCCUUCAAGGAACCUUUAAGACCUAAGGUAUUCCGCAAAUUUAUAAACAGAACACCCUUUGUUGACUUUAUUUGACAUCGCUAUCAAAUUCCAAACUGGGUGAACCCUAGCAAAAAAUAAAAUUUGUCCAAUGAUCCCUUAUCACUAUUACUGAAAGGCAUUGACUUCUUUAUGUGUAUUACUUCGCAAAGACGGGUUACGGGCACCAAGAUGCGAAGCCAAUCGUGCAUCCCAACGCAACUAGUUGCGAGUGUUGUGACCAAUCGCGAGCGUGAUGCGCACUCAUCAACCAAUCAAAACUUUUGAAAUCUUUGGUGACAGGUUAAGAAUCCACCUGGGACUAAGUAAUAGUGAGCGCAAGCUUCUUCAAUACUAGGUAGUAGGUACGUACUUACUCAAGUUUUAAUAUUGAUUCUGAUGGAUUUUGUUGGACCCAUUCUGGCUAUUAUAUCGUAUCAUGCGAUAACACAGUAAACUUGUUGGCUCACUUCCACCAUAUUUUUUUAACAAUCAUCGAAACAGUCGGUUCAUUAGCAGACGUCAAUUCAAACAUGUCAACUUUACUUGUAAUUUGUUAUACUCGUACUCAUCUACCGGUUAGAGAGUAAGGGACUGGAUAAAUUGAUAUUAGAAUGAACAAUGUUUUAGGAUUUUAAUUCAAUUGGCAGCAUUUUAGAAAUAAGUUUUAUACACAAAAUUAUAUACACUGGUUAACACAUUCUUUAUCCCAGUAUCAAAAUUUUAAUCCAAUUUGUUGUCCUUGUGUCGUUUUUAUAAAAUACUUUUUUUGUAAGAAACAUAUUCCUCUGGACGAUGAUGAUGAUUUUUUCAAUUAUCCCUCGCCAGGGACAUAAAUAAGACUAUCAUUUGUGACUUUGUACUUAUUUGAAGAUUAUUCUAUAUUACACCAAUGACCUUACUUAAAAAAAACAUGGCGAAUAUAAAGACAUGUAAAAAUAAUUACAAAACCAAUAAGCACUACGAGUAAAUUGAUUAGGGGCCCAUUUAUCUAACGGUAUUAGUCUAAUAUUAUUAGUGUGUUGCCAUGGUAACCCAUACGAUUUGACAGUUCGUGGACUAAUCAUAUUAAGUCUAAUAUUGUUCGAGAAAUGGGCCCCAGAAUUUAUCUCAUUGGUUUACAAAUAUUUAGCGACUUGUAAAUAUAAUUUAGAUUCGUAUGUAACACUUGUAGGUAUUCUUUCGUUCCUAUGUAAAUAGUUGUUAAGGUAUAUAUUAAAUAGGGAAUUAGAGGUAGCAAUGUUUCGUUAUUUACAGUGCCAAAAGUUUUGUAGUGAUUUCGUAAACAUUUGUAAGAUCAUCUGAGAGAUUUUAUAUUUGUUCAACUCUUAAAACAGAGUUGGUAGUGAAAGUCAUUUAAAUGACUUAAUUUCUCGCAUGAUAUACGAUAAUAAAUGAUAAAUCAUGUCACUUGUUGAUAAUGAUCGGUAGACCGGCACGGCCUUUUUGAUUGCAAGUAUAAAUCUUAAAUACUUGCCGCUAAAUUUUCCAUUUUAUCGUCCACACAUAAGAAAAUAUUUAUUUUUAUGUAAAAAAAUUAACGAAAUAACUUACCUCGAAAUAUUUUUUGGACAAUUUGAAAUUGUCCUCUUGUACUUCGAAAAUGUAUUUUUAAUUAGUGUUUUUGGAAUUUUACUUAAUAUAAAAGAUAGGUUAAGGUUUUUUGAUAGUUUUAGUACUUACAUUAUUUGUGCCUUUACGUACAAUGUUUUAGACAUUUCAUUUAUUUGUGUUACCUUACAUUUAAUUACGAAGUAGUUUAAUAGUGUAUACUUAGAAAUAUUAUUUAAGUGUGGUGCAUAUUAAAAACUGUAUGCAAUUAUAUACAAAUGUUUAUUCAUUGUAUUAUAUCUUUUAUAAUAUUAAGUAUCGCCUCAUAAUCUAGAAGCAAUAGCCUAUGUACUUCCAUGAUAAAUGUAUAUGUCCAUAUGAUAUAACUACAUAAUAUACAACAAUAAAAUACAUUUUUGUACUACAUAAAGCUUCAGAAACAGUUAUCCUGCCAAAUAAAAUUACCUAAUCAAUAUUUAUCUAUUAUAUUUUUUGUAUGACUACAUACAAUUUGUCAAUGUAAUUUAAACAGGAAUUAGGCACUAUUCUUCUGAAACGAAUACAACUGUAUACCUAAUAUGUGGCUAUUUUUUUCAUUUGACAUACUUAUAUUUCUAAGGUUUGUCGCAUUAGUAUAAAAGGCGUAUGGAAUUGAGAAUCAUUUUUUAUCCCGGUUGGAUACAAAAUACUGUUCUAAAAUAGCUAAAUAAUUCAUAAUAUAAUAGAAAUACACGGAUAUGAUUAUCGCUUAUUACCGUGGACUAGUCUCAACGAAUAUGUCAAUGAUUUAAUAUCUUAUCCACGACGAUACGUGAUAAAAUAUAACCAUUGUAAACCGAGUUGGUCGCGCUUUUUCAUCUGCCAUCGUAGCAGUUACUUUCUAACAAGUACCUAUGUAAGGCGGGAGUGAAAUACGGCGUGAUAAAUGAUAAACGUACCUGAAACAAAUCCGUACUAAAAGACGUAGGUGGCUUAUUAAUCGCUAUUGCGACAAACCUUAAUUUUCAACGAGACAAAACUGUAAGGAUUAAUUGAAACAAACUGAAGUAUCUGUCUUUUUUGUCUUUGUGCAAUAAGCUUUCGAUAUAUAAGGACAGAUUCAUUACAUCUCUAGUAACUGAUGAUUGGGGGACAGAAUAUUGUAUGCUUAGAUUAUUGAAAGUAAUAUUAAGAUAUCUGUUAAAAUGACUCCACUACAAAGUCAUUAUACUUCGAUGUUCAAUUUAAAACAGAACCUUUGACCACAUGAGUAUAUUACGGUCAAUGAGCUUAUGAAAAAACCAAUGGUUUGUUUUUCUUACGAUUUUGUCUCUUUUAGGAAAGUACUGGUAUAACUGCUGGCAUAAUGCCGUAUAGACGCGACACUAAGUGCCAGUUGCACCAUCCGCACUUGACAGACUGAUGAACGUCACCCGGCGCGCAGCGGUGGUUUACUAUGAAACUUUCCAUACAAUAAAAUUUAGCGAACUCUUUAACGAUGACAAACAGUUGGUGCAUACCUAAUAUAUAUACCUAAUAUAUAUACUUUCUAAAUGGAAUGCUUAACCCUUUGAACUUCACGUCUAUCAUGCGCUGCGCAUCACUAUAAACCUUGUCAGAAUGCAGGAAGGUUGAUAUUGAGCGCGCGUCAGUUGACGUCUUUGACUAAGUGAUUAAUUUUAAAUAUGUUUUGGUUUAUUAAUAUGAAUAUAACCUAUGUAGGUAACAAACACGGUCUAUCAAAAGAGUGGUGAAAUAAAUUUGCUUAUCACGCACGAGAUUAAAACCUUUACUAAUCCGGUGUUGGAAAGCGAUAUAGGUAUUUUAUAAUUAUUCGUGAUAAGCACAACCAUAAUAGCCUGUCUUUUUUUUAAACUACAGCAAAGUAACUAGCAAUAGUGUCUCGUCUAUACGAAGUCUAGGUUUUGUUGUAUGGUAGAAUCACAACAACACGAUGAUAAACAUAACUUUUUGUGGUUCUGCUAUACUGGGUCUCUGUCUAGUCAGAUAGUGUGGUGGCCACAUUUAGUUUUUUGCCUUUAUGUUAUUAAUAGUACGGGACUAGUUAAACGAAAAAUAUUCAAAAAUUAAAAUGGUUUUAUGGAUUGUUAUAGUUAUAAAAUUCUGCUGUUUUGCAAAACGCAGCAAUGUAACAUUAAAAUCUUUUAAAUUUUAUUUUGACGGCUUUAAAUUCUACCAAGCCGUUUGUAAUCUUUAGUCCCUUACCAUCAUUUGUGGUAUUUCCUAUAAAAAGGGACCUUAUUGUCGAUGGCGCUUACGCCAUUAUAAACGAUGCUCCGAUAUAAAUAUAAUGCCGCGCGACGCUGUGCGGCGUAAGCGCCAACGACAAUAAGGUCCCUUUUCAUAGAAAAUGCCCCAUUUUAAAAUUAGUUUUUGAACUAGUUUGCUAAGUUUUAUGUUUUUUAAAGAGGCAUAUUUUUUAACUAUUUGAGGCCACCACACCCAGGUUUUGGUGUUAGCAUAUGAAGGGUUCUUUAUUCAGCACAAAUUAUAUUUUAUGUGAAAGAUAUUUUCUUAUCUUGUGUUUAGCACAUCGUCUUACUUUACGUAUUGUAAUAUUGCGUCUGAAGACAAAAUAUAGUGCAUUGAAUUGA